CUCUCACCCCCUCUCUUUUUCUCUCUCUCUCUCUCUCGCUCGCCGCAGAGUCUCGGACCAAACCAUCAGUUCGGGCGGACAGGGGGUGACGAAGAUGAGACGAGGGUGUUGCUUCGGUGGCACCACCCUACACACCUUGAAGCUCGCCACUCUUCCUUCUCUAUCUCCUUCGUCGCGCUUCGUCCUCAAUCCCAUAACUCCAGUCUUCCGUUCUCCACGCGCGCCCCUUCGCUUCUCGCCCAUCGGCAGAGCCCUCUCUUCAGCUCCGGCGGUCCAACCCGCCGCGCCUUCCUCGUCGAAGGUCGCGACCAAGACGAUUUCAGAUGAUCAGCUUGCGAAGCCGCAGUGGAAUGCGUCGAUCGACUUCAAAUGGAUCAGGGACAACAAGGACGCCGUUGCCACUAACAUUAAGAACAGGAAUUCAAAUGCCGACUUGGAGCUCGUGCUCGAGCUCUAUACCAAGAUGCUGGAGAUUCAGAAGGAAGUGGAGCGUCUUCGCGGGGAGAGGAAUGUGGUCGCAAACAAGAUGAAAGGAAAGCUGGAGCCUUCAGAGAGACAGAAACUUAUAGAGGAAGGGAAGAAUCUGAAGGAAGGGCUGCUUACUUUGGAAGAAGACCUGCUUAAGCUCACGGAUGAGCUUCAGCAGGAAGCACAAUGUAUUCCUAAUAUGACUCAUCCGGACGUUCCUAUAGGAGAUGAGGAUAGCUCAACUAUCAGAAAAAAGGUUGGAAGUCCCCAUGAUUUCAGUUUUCCUAUCAAGGACCAUUUACAACUCGGCAAGGAACUCAACCUUUUCGAUUUUGAUGCUGCAGCAAAGGUCAGUGGAUCGAAGUUCUACUACCUCAAGAAUGAAGCAGUUAUGCUAGAAAUGGCUUUAACUAAUUGGACAGUCUUUGAGGUUAUUAAAAGGGGCUUCACACCUUUAACAACCCCAGAAAUUGUGAGAUCAUCUGUUGUUGAAAAGUGUGGCUUCCAACCUCGUGGAGAAAACACACAGGUUUAUUCGAUCGAGGGCAGUGAUCAUUGUCUUAUUGGCACUGCUGAGAUCCCAGUUGGUGGAAUUCAUAUGGAUUCCAUUCUUGCCAACUCGCAACUACCUUUGAAGUAUGUGGCGUCUUCCCAUUGUUUUCGUACGGAGGCGGGUGCUGCUGGAACUGCAACUAGGGGUCUCUAUCGGGUGCACCAAUUUAGCAAGGUUGAGAUGUUUGUUUUAUGUCAACCAGAAGAAAGUGAUUCGUAUCAUGAAGAACUCAUCAGAAUAGAAGAAGAACUCUUCACAUCACUCGGAUUACAUUUUAAGAUUUUGGAUAUGGCGACGGCGGAUUUAGGUGCACCUGCUUAUCGUAAGUUUGAUGUGGAGGCAUGGAUGCCCGGUUUAGGACGAUACGGAGAGAUAUCAAGUGCUUCAAAUUGUACGGACUAUCAAAGUCGUCGAUUGGGAAUUCGGUAUCGGCCAUCAGAACCACCGUCAUCGACUCCUAAGAAGGGUAAAGGCAACAUUCCUACACAGUUUGUUCACACUUUAAAUGCGACCGCCUGUGCAAUACCUCGGAUGAUUGUGUGCAUACUCGAAAAUUAUCAGCAAGAGGAUGGCUCCAUCGUGAUUCCCAAGCCACUUCGACCAUUUAUGGGUGGGCUUGAGCGAAUUACUCCAAAAUCCCAAUAGAACAAUCUCAUGGUUCGAUCUGUAUUUUAAUUUUGACUUUUACAGGGGAAAACUGUCUGCAAUUUUGUUUUUCUGUCUUUAAAAUAUUGAGGUAGGGGAGGCAACUGAAAUUUCCUCACUGAAGGAUCACGUUGGCAAUAUUUUGUGCCGCAUUUCCAUUGUUAAGUAGUCUCUUGUUAACAGACGUAUUCUACUCGAGUUAA